CAUUGUACACUACAACAGGCCCCUCUUUAGUUACUUUCUCUUAUAGCCAACUUCACAACAGAACCAACCUAUGAAACUUCUUCCCUAAGACUUUAAUGUCAAUGGAAGCUCCCUGGAAGGUUUCAUAUAUUGAUGUUAUAAGCGCGAAUUUCUUACACAUUAUAUGUAUACUUGUUGUUCUGUUAAAUGACAAUGGCCAGCCCAAACGUUAACACAUCGUUGUGCUUCGUUCCUUUUUCUACCCUUCCAUACCAAAACAACAACAACAACAACCUAAUGAAUUAUACUAAUACUAAUACUAAUACUAAUACUAAUACUAAUACUAAUACUACUGCCACUUUCAGUUCUCUUGAGUCUUCAGGGAGUGAUCAGUAUUUCGAGCAGGGGACUGAUUUCGAGGUUUCAGAUUUCUUUUCCUUUGAGGAUUGGGGGAACCAGCAGCAGUGCAUGGAUUCUGGAUUGAUGAAUACUCAGGAUUUUGUGUAUCAAGGUUCUGAGUUAUUGCAGAAUACCAGCAGCAUCCAACAUGAGGGAGAGAAUAGCACAGACGUGAUCAGGAAUGUCAGACAGAAGAAAGAAAGAGUUGCAUUCAGAAUGAAGUCAGAGAUUGAUGUUGUAGAUGAUGGUUACAAAUGGAGAAAGUAUGGCAAAAAGAUGGUCAAAAACAGCCCAAAUCCAAGGAAUUAUUACAGGUGUGGUGUAGACGGUUGUCCAGUAAAGAAGAGAGUGGAACGAGACAGGGAUGACAUGAAAUACGUAAUAACAACAUACGAAGGCAAUCAUAACCAUGACGCCCCGAAGUAGUAGUUCAAUUCAGGGAUAUGAUAUUAUCAAGUAAUUUUAUUUAAUUUCAGGUGCAAGAAAGUUGAGUUUCCUCCUUAAUUAACAGGAUGGCAGACCACAAAGGGACCAGCAAAAGUUUUUAUUUUCACAUAUUCAUGUGUUCCACUUUUGUUCAGGUGACCCAAAAUCUGUAAAACAUUAUAUACUGCAGUAACAAAUCAAACACAAUAAAAAGUAAAAACACUAGUCAUGUACUCAUCUUAGGCUUGUUAAUUAGAUGUAUUAGUAUGUCAUUUUCUGUGUAACAGCAGUAGUAUAUAAUUAAAGACUAUACUUCGUUUCUUUGUCAGAAAA